UGCAUGAUUUGACCCAAUUUACGAAAACGAGGCUAAAAAGGCAAACGAAUUCUUAGCAACGAAGCUAGAAGGCAGUCCUGUAGAAUGCCGGGAGGUAAAGACCACUGUUGUGUGCCGUUGUGCACAAAUGACAAACGUUAUCAUCCAGAGUUAUCAUUUCACAAGUUUCCAGAAGACCCAGAGCGAAGGAAAAUUUGGAUAGUGAGAAUAAGGAGAGACGAGGGUACGCUGUUUCAGAUCACCCCAAGUACAAAAGUUUGCUCAAGCCACUUCUUACCUGAGGAUUUUAAGUGGUCUCCAGUCAGAAAAGUGUUGAAUUCAACUGCCAUUCCCUCAAUUUUUGCUUGGUCAAAGCAAGCGGGCAGAGCACCACCCAAGGAGAGACCCCCUGUCGCUUCACUUCCUUCCAAAAGACGCAAACAGGAUGGGGACACAGAAGGGAUAGAAUAUGAUGCACCAGUAGAGGAUCAUUCUGCUGAUGAUGAUACCACACCAUCUGAAGAACAAGAUGAUGAGCUAGUCAAGCGAAUCAGAGAGCUGGAAGAGAAAAUUUCUGAGCAAAAUCAAGAAAAGGCAAGCUUAAAAGAGGAAAAUAAUAAACUGAAACAGCAGCUAUCUUUGGAGACAUUUGGGGUUGAACGAUUUGGUUCGGAUGAUACUAUUAUGUUAUUUUACACAGGUUUUAUUUGUUCUACGUUUAGAUUGUUGUUUGAAUUUGUUAAACCAGCAGCAGACAACAUGCAGAGUGCAUAUUAUGCAGCCUCAGAAAGAACCAGUUUGAGGGGUCGUCCACGAAAUAUGCUUUUGAUUGAUGAACUCUUCAUGUUCUUGUGUCGACUAAAAGCUGGGCUCUAUGAGCAGGAUUUGGCCAUCAGAUUCAAGUGCCAUAUAAGCACUGUUAGCCGAAAAAUUAUUACAUGGGCCAACUUGUUGUAUUUUGUUUUGGGAAGCAUCCCUAUUUGGCCAUCUAGGGGGCAAGUUGAUAACAGUAUGCCCCAGGUAUUCAAAGAUAAAUAUCCCAAAACAAGGGUUAUAUUAGAUUGCACAGAAAUUAAAAUACAAACACCUUCAUCUCUUGUGUUAAGUAGUAAAACUUACUCAAGUUACAAAAGUCAUAGUACAUUUAAAGGUCUCAUUGGCAUUGCCCCAAAUGGUGCUAUAACCUUCAUUUCCUCUUUGUUCACUGGUUGCACCUCUGACACAGAGAUCACUAGAUUAAGUGGGAUAAUAGAUCUUUUAGAAGAAGGAGACAGUGUAAUGGCUGAUAAAGGUUUCACAAUUGGCAGCCAGCUUAAAGAAAAAAAGGUGUCUCUGAACAUUCCACCAUUUCGAUUCAACUCCCAAUUUACCCUUGACCAAAUAGCACACACACAGGAAAUUGCAAGUUUAAGAAUUCAUGUUGAGAGGGCAAUUAGAAGGACAAAAGAACACCACUUGUUUGAUAGUGUGAUUCCUAUAUCUACAGCCGGCAGUAUCAAUCAGUUAUGGACGGUAGCAUGUUUGCUUACUUUGUGGAGAGGACCGUUAAUUAAAGUUAAUGAAAUGUAAUGUAAAUUUCUCUUCAGGUGAAAAUUUUCUAAAUUUUAUUU